AUGGAGGCACCGCAACUGGCGGCGCAAAAUGCGUCGCAUCUCGGAGAGCUCGCAUCGCCAAACGCCCUCAUCUCGAGACGACUUUUUACCCGCGCCACCGAGCAACCAGUUGUGAAGCGACAGAAGCUCGAGGACGCGUUCCAAGACUCUGCCAUGAAGCAUCGUUUCCUGGCCGAGUACCACGGCGUGCAGACGUUGCCCGCGACGAUUGCAGCAAGACAACCGACGAAGAAACCCGGAAGGGCAUCGGCUACGGCGAAGGCAGGAACUGCGUCUCGUGCGUUGACGGGGCGCUCACAAAAGCUCCUCGAGGACGUUCCUGGAUCAACAGGGCCGGCGGCGGCGGAGGCCGCUUCCGGUGCAGAGACGGCAAGUAAUAUGAGCUUGGAGAGAAGGAUAAACCAGCAGUACCAGCACGCCAAGCCAGAAUGGCACCCUCCUUGGAAGUUGAUGAGAGUUAUAUCCGGGCACCUGGGUUGGGUGCGGGCACUCGCCGUGGAGCCUGGAAACAAGUGGUUCGCGAGCGGUGCUGGCGAUCGGACAAUCAAAAUCUGGGAUAUGGCCACCGGCUCUCUACGACUUACCCUCACCGGCCACAUCAGCACCGUCCGCGGCCUCGCCGUUUCACCACGUCAUCCCUAUCUGUUCUCCUGCGGCGAGGACAAGAUGGUCAAGUGCUGGGAUCUCGAGACAAACAAGGUCAUCCGCCACUACCAUGGCCACCUGAGCGGUGUAUAUACCAUGUCCCUUCACCCUACGCUCGACGUUCUCGUCACUGGUGGUAGGGAUGGCGUUGCCCGAGUUUGGGACAUGCGAACGAGGAGUAACAUCCACGUUCUGAGUGGCCAUACUCAGACCGUUGCCGACGUCAAAUGUCAAGAGGCCGACCCCCAGGUCAUCACCGGAUCGCUCGACUCCACCGUGAGGCUCUGGGAUCUGGCUGCAGGCAAGACCAUGGGCGUGCUCACCCACCACAAGAAGGGUGUGCGCGCCCUGGCCGUGCAUCCCAACGAGUUUACAUUCGCCAGUGCCAGCACCGGAAGCAUAAAGCAGUGGAAGUGCCCCGAGGGUGCCUUUAUGCAAAAUUUCGAGGGCCAAAAUGCCAUCAUCAACACCCUCAGCCUGAACCAGAAAAACGUCAUGUUCUCGGGAGGCGAUAACGGCUCCAUGGGCUUUUGGGAUUGGAAGUCGGGCAGCCGCUUCCAGGCUCUCGACACCACAGCUCAACCUGGCUCCCUCGAUGCCGAGGCGGGCAUAAUGAGCUCCACCUUUGAUCGCUCGGGAUUGCGACUUAUCUGUGGCGAGGCCGACAAGACCAUCAAAAUCUGGAAGCAAGACGAGAAAGCGUCGCCCGAGACGCAUCCCAUCCAAUGGACGCCGACGCUAGCGCGGCGCAAAUUUUAG